AUGGAAGCUGACGAUCCACGGCUGGCCGACGAGUACGUCAACGAGUUCGUGCUCGACCACCUGGACGUAUCGACGGUGAAACGCGAGAUCCAAUCGUCCGACUAUCACCACCAUCACCACCAACAGCCAAACCAGGAACAUGGGGGUCAUCACCAUCACCACCAACACCACCAGCAGCAGCAGCAACAACAACAACAACACCCACCUUGCAAUGGUGGCCGGGGGACCGCCAGCGUUGGUGGCCGUUUGCCGCCUAUGCCCAUCACUGGCGUCAACAACGGGUCCCCGGCCACGGCGGCCGCACCCGUCUCAACCGCCGGAGCUGUGACUGCCACCUUGGUGCAGUCAUCGCCACCGCCGCCGCACUACCUACUCACGCCACCGGGUUGCGAACAGGAAUACCCACACCACCAUCCACUCAUCAGACACCAGCACGCUAUUAACCAGGUAAUUGACGGUGUGGGUGGCACCGGUGCUGGAAUGGUGAUCAACAGCCACGCUGCGGCCACGACACCUAACCUAACCGGAGGCACGCCCGCGGUCAAAGUUUCGGGGGCCGAAGCCGCGCCUUCCAUGAUGUACCCGAGCACACCGGGCACGCCGCCCGACACGCCGCCGGUGAGCUCAUCGCCACCGCCGUCCACGCCGAUCCCUCAACCGGUAUUUAUGGAAGAAAUGAUGUGGUUAACUCAGUCGUUGCGCCAGGGACAGGAACCUCUGGACUUGCGACCAAACUAUGCGGGCUCCGACGAAAUGCAACAGCACCAGCACCAGCAUCAGCACCACCCGCACCACCAUCACCAUCACCACCACCAUCAACAACAACAGCAACAAGAACACCAUGAAGAUGAAGAACAGCAACAACAACAACGACAGCAGCAGCAACAGCAGCAGCAGCAGACGGUUUCGGCGGACAUGGAGUGGAAUAUGGUGCAACACCAACACUUGACCGUGAUACAGCCGAGUAACAGUAAUAACAGUUGCUCUGUACCUGGUAGCAAGGUACCGCAUUUUGGUCGCCCGUCCCUCCUGAUGCAAGGGUUAUUGAGCCCGGGCUCGUCUAACAGUGUCGUCUACAACAAUUACACGAAUAGCUGCUCCCUGUACCAGCCUCUGCAGUUCUCAUCCCAACGACUGAUGCCCCAACGCCAGAACCGGCCGCUGAGCGUGUCAAGCGAUAGCGUCAUGUCACCCUUGAGCUCCCGCAACGGCGGUGGCAGCAGCUUGUACACGCCUGGCGGCGGCUCAUCCGACGACUUGAUCAACGAUGCGCUGCUACUGCAGCUGCCGGUACGCGAUCUCAACAAGCGGCUGCAGGGCAUCUCCAAGGAGGAGAUCGCCCGGCUGAAGCAGAAGCGGCGGACGCUCAAAAACCGCGGGUACGCGCAGAGCUGCCGGACCAAGCGGAUGAACCAACGCAUCGAGCUGGAGAACGCCAACGAAAUACUGGCGACCGAGCUGCAUAAGACGAAAUCGGAGCUGGCACGCAUCACGCAGGAACGCGACAUGUACAAGCAGCGGUUUUCCGCGCUGGCCGUAGCCAGGGAAUCGAUGAGCGCCGCGGCCGCAGCAGCAGCCGUCGCUGCCACUUCAUCGGCGUCGUCCACCUCGUCGGUGGCCGCGGGCGCUGCCCAGCGCGUCGACAGUAGUUCCAAUUCGCCAGAGCCCUACCUGUGA